CCUCAGAUCAUGCUAGAUAUGCCUCUGGAUUGGAUUAAUCAACACAUCCAGGGCAUUUUUUAUACAGACUCAUCUUAGUAUCAAGACUUCACUAAUCGACUGUGGACUUCUGUCAAACUUUUAAUUAUUGUUUUUUUAAACAAUAUAUGACUCUAAAUAUGUUUCCAGUGCAGCUGAUUUCCACUUUGAUAAUGACUUGUGGUUGUAGUGUGCUCGCGGACGCAAUGCAAGCAAACUUCACCCUGGAUAAUGACAUUCAGUCCAGCUUCAUCCAGCGGCGCCUGAAGAGCCAGGAGCGCAGAGAGAUGCAGCGGGAAAUCCUCUCUAUCCUCGGGCUGCCGCAACGGCCACGUCCGCUCCUACACGAGAGGCACACCGCGGCUCCCAUGUACAUGCUGGAUCUGUAUAACACUAUCCUGGAGGACGGAGACCGGCGCGGUGGGCUUGUGUACUCUUAUGAACCCGCGUACACGACUGCAGGACCCCCGCUGGUGACCCAGCAGGACAAUCGGUUUCUCAGUGAUGCUGACAUGGUGAUGAGCUUUGCGAAUACAGUGGAUCCAGAAGAAGACCUCCAACUGUAUCAUCAGCAUCGCAGAGAGUUCAGAUUUGACCUUUCCCGCAUCCCAGCAGGUGAAACCGUGACCGCUGCAGAGUUCCGGAUCUACAAAGACUUUGUUCGGGAGCGUUAUGAAAACGAGACCUUCCAUGUCAGUGUGUUCCAGGUGCUCCAACAGCAGCACAGAAGGGAGCUGUACCUGCUGGACUCACGAGUGGUAUGGGCUGCAGAAGAGGGAUGGCUGGUCUUUGACCUCACAGUCACCAGUAACCACUGGGUUAUAAACCCAGGUCAGAACUUAGGACUGCAGCUCUUAGUAGAGACCUCACAUGGUGCAAGAAUGAACCCAAGAAGAGCUGGGCUGGUGGGCAGCAGUGGAGCUCAGAAUAAGCAGCCAUUUAUGGUGGCGUUUUUGAAAGCAUCAGGAAUCCACCUCCGCAGUGUCCGCUCGGCAUCAGGAGGCAAACAGAAAGGUCAUCACCGCACUAAAAACUCCAAAACUGGUGCUGCACACAGCCAGGUGGCUUUAAAAACAGCCGAAGCCACAGAUGGUGCCAGCAUAGAUCCCAAACAGGGCUGCAAAAAGCAUGAACUCUACGUCAGCUUCAGAGAUCUGGGAUGGCAGGACUGGAUUAUCGCCCCAGAGGGUUAUGCCGCAUACUACUGUGAAGGCGAAUGUGUGUUCCCUUUGAACUCUUAUAUGAACGCCACAAACCAUGCUAUUGUACAGACACUGGUUCAUUUCAUAAACCCUGAAACGGUCCCGAAGCCCUGCUGCGCUCCAACCCAGCUGCACGGAAUCUCAGUUUUGUACUUCGAUGACAGUUCCAACGUAAUAUUGAAAAAGUACCGCAACAUGGUCGUCAGAGCCUGCGGAUGCCACUAAUCACUACCUCUACUCUCACCAGAGGGAUUCAACAAGGGAUUUAAAGACUUAUAUUCUUGAUUAUCAAGAGCCCAGAGAGAAAAAGAGACUCACUGCUGGACCCAAACUGACUUCCCUGUAUGAAGAAUACACUUUUCAAAGGAUAAGACAACACUCAAAACUCCUAGAAAUGUGUGAGGUUGACCACAGCUGAGUGUGUGUUGUGUCUGGCUUUCAUUUCUGCACAGAGAGCCAAGUUUAAAAUAUCAAAAAGGACAUAAGCAGAUACAGAGAGAAAAUAAAAGAGAUUUAAACAGACUGAUCAGGGAAGAUGCAGUGGAUUUAAGCAUAUUGCUCUGUAGAUAUCGCAUUUCACAAACCACUUGACAUGAUUUCUGUAUGCAAGUAAUUCUGGAAGAAUCCUACCUUCUGAAAAAGUCUGAGACCACUAGCAAAAAUGCCUUUGUUUUGGAAAUAAAGCUGCAGGCUUCAUGCACUCAAGAACAAUGUAGCCCAAGCUCUUUAUGUACACUCAUCGGCCACUUUAUUAGGUACACCUUACUAGUACCCGGUUAAAUCCCCUUUUGUCUUCAGAACUGCCUUAAUCCUUUGUGGAAUAGAUUCAACAAGGUACUGGAAGUACAUUUUGGUCCAUAUUGACAUGAUAGCAUCAAGCAGUUGCUGCAGAUUCAUCGGCUGCACAUCCAUGAUGCGAAUCUCCCAUUCCACCACAUCCCAAAGGUGCUCUAUUAGAUUGAGAACUAGUGACUGUGGAGGCCAUUUGAGUACAGUGAACUCAUUGUCAUGUUCAAGAAACCAGUCUGAGAUGAUUUGCGCUUUAUGACAUGGUGCGUUAUCCAGCUGGAAGUAGCCAUCAGAGGAUGGGUACACUGUGGUCAUAAAGAGAUGGACAUGACCAGCAACAAUACUCAGGUAGGCUGUGACGUUGACCUGAUGCUCAAUUGUUACUAAUGGGCCCAAAGUGUGCCAAGAAAAUAUCACUCACACCAUUCCACCACCACCAGCAGCAUGAACGGUUGAUACAAUGCAGGAUUAAUCCAUGCUUUCAUGUUGUUGACGCCAAAUUGUCGCUGCAGAAAUCAAGACUCAUCAGACAAGGCAACGUUGUUCCAAUCUUCUAUUGUCCAAUUUCGGUGAACCUGUGUGAAUUGUAGCCUCAGUUUCCUCUUCUUAGCUGACAGGAGUGGCACUCGGUGUAGUCCUCUGCUGCUGUAGCCUAUCCUCUUUAAGGUUUUAAGUGUUCAGAGAUGCUCUUCUGCAUACCUUAGUUGUAACGAGUGGUUAUUUGAGUUACUGUUGCCUUUCUAUCAGCUUGAACCAGUCUGGCUAUUCUCCUCUAACAUCAACAAGGCAUUUGCGCUAACAGAACUGCCGCUCACUGGAUAUUUUCUCUUGUUCAUUCUCUGUAAACCCUAGAGAUGGUUGAUCAGCAGUUUCUGAAAUCCUCAGACCAGCCUGUCUGGCACCAACAACCAUGCCACACUCAAAGUGACUUAAAUCAUCUUUCUUCCCCAUUCUGAUGCUCGGUUUGAACUGCAGUAGAUCGUCUUGAUCAUGUCUACAUCCCUUAACGCAUGGAGUUGCUGCCAUGUGAUUGGUUGAUUAGAAAUUUGCGUUAACGAGCAGUUGUACCUAAUAAAGUGGCCGGUGAGUGUAUAAGAACAAGUUUCUCAUAGAAAUGUCUUUUAUACUUUAGACUGCACAAGAUGCGGGAUAGAAAAUUAAAUUAUGGUUGUCCGUUGCGAUUGUUUUCAACUUCCCUCUUUAAGGACACUCGGCAAAUCCCUCCACAGAUGUUCAGCACUCGAUUAAACAGGAUUGCAGAAAAUAUGAAGCCCAGUUCUGCCAUGGCGUCCUUUGGUUUCAUCACACACAGUACAUGAAAGAACACAUGUUUUCUCUCAGCAGUUAUCAGUCAAUCCAGUCAAUAAAAAGAUGGCCUUUCAUGGGGUUCAUUCUUCCAGCUCAUUGUUUUGUAGCAGUUCCAUUGCUGAUAGACUUUGUGUGGAUAUGUCUGUCACUAAUAACUGAUAAUUGUGUUCUUAUAGCAUGCAAGAUUUCUGUAAAUAUGUGCAUAUGUAUAUAUAUGAAUUGCAUAUACGUUUAUUGACUCACAGUGAAUGUAUUAUACAUUUACAUAUUUGUAAUACAUCUAUA